CUGCGUCAGACCGAGCUCGCGAAUGCGCACUGUCAGGAGAGAAACGGCGGCUUGGGCUGCCUCCCUGCUCGCUCGCGUUUGCCUGCGUCUGCCUGCCUCUGCUUGCCUCUGCUUGCCUGCCUGCCUGGCACAAUCAAUAUCGGCGAUCCGCCACCCUCAGUCGGUUCGCGAGUCUCGUCGAAGCGCGACCGAUUCCUGUGCGCCGCGUCCGCAAGCUGCUCUCUCGCGACGACCCGUCGCUGCACGACGAUCAGCAACUAGUCAAUCAUGAGGUAACCCCGUGUCCCCGAAUCCAAGCUGCCGCCGCCACCACAGCACACCACCAGCCUCGAGUUCUCGAGCCUCGUCUGCCAACGACUGCGGAAUUGAUCAAGCAAGAUGUUCAUUCACGUUAAAAAGUCUCAAAAGUGCGUAAACACAGCGGCAAAUGCUAUUAGAAAAGAGGGCCAUUAAAGAGGAAACGCAUACGAGUCGUUCGCUAGAUUAGGCAUUGACAUAAAAGUGGAAAAUAAAGCGGCAGUAACAAGUGAGAGUGUGAGGACCAAGGAACCAUCGAUGGCCAAUAGCGCCCAUGGGCGGCCUUGGUUUUAGGACGCGGAACAGCCCCUCCCAAAAAACCUCGCUCCGGUGGGGCGACUGUUGUCCGUCAAACCUUGGCUUUCCGAUCAGCGGCAUCGGCAGCAGCAGCAGCAGCAGCAGCAGCCGCACACAAUUUCCAAUUUUCUCCCGCUAUUCGCUGCCGGCUCCGAGCAAUUCAAGACACUACCAAAAUAUGGUUUUCUUUUCCGUUUGAGGUUGUCCGCCACUUCUGCGCGACUGCACACCCAGGGGUUUACAAAAGUUAUCCAGCAAAGAUAAAUCAGAAGAUUUGACGAAAUUGACAGACUUUGGUCUGGGACAGUUUGAUUAUACACCGGUAGAAGUAUCAGCACCAAAAAUGAUUAACGUCGCAGGAGUCGUCUCGAUCGUAUUGUUUUACAUGCUUAUCCUUGGAGUAGGAAUAUGGGCUGCUCGAAAAAAAGAAGCUGGAAACGACUCGGAGGAGGAGGUCAUGCUGGCUGGCCGAUCGAUUGGCUUAUUUGUUGGAAUUUUCACAAUGACGGCUACUUGGGUGGGUGGUGGUUACAUCAAUGGCACAGCUGAAGCUAUAUAUACACGUGGCCUUAUUUGGUGCCAAGCUCCCUUUGGUUACUCGCUGAGUCUUGUUUUCGGUGGAAUAUUCUUUGCGAACAAAAUGCGUAAGCAAGGCUACAUCACGAUGCUGGAUCCAUUGCAAGACGUGUUUGGCGAGCGAAUGGGGGGUCUAUUAUUUUUGCCAGCCCUCUGUGGAGAGGUAUUUUGGGCCGCGGGAAUACUCGCGGCUCUUGGAGCUACUCUUGCCGUCAUUAUUGACAUGGGACAGAAAACUUCUGUCAUACUCAGCGCCUGUAUUGCUGUCUUCUACACACUUUUUGGGGGUCUCUAUUCCGUUGCCUACACCGACGUCAUACAGCUUUUCUGCAUCUUCAUCGGACUUUGGAUGUGUAUCCCUUUUGCUUGGACCAAUCCAAAAGUACAAUCUCUAAGCUCAAUGGACGUUGACUGGAUAGGCUCUGUAAAUCCAGAAGAAUAUUGGUUUUACCUGGAUUAUGGUUUACUUUUAAUUUUUGGAGGUAUUCCGUGGCAAGUUUACUUUCAACGAGUUUUGUCUUCGAAAUCUGCUGGGAGGGCUCAAGUUCUUAGUUACGUUGCCGCUUUCGGUUGCAUUUUAAUGGCCAUCCCUCCUGUUCUUAUCGGAGCUAUUGCCAAAGCUACUCCGUGGAAUGAAACAGGUUAUCAAGGACCAUAUCCAUUGACGUCAGCAGAGACAAGCAUGAUUUUACCAAUGGUGUUACAGUACCUUACACCAGAUUUCGUAUCAUUCUUUGGAUUGGGUGCCGUCUCUGCUGCAGUUAUGUCAUCAGCAGAUAGUAGCAUUCUAUCAGCUAGCUCUAUGUUUGCGCGAAAUGUUUACAAGCUCAUAUUUCGACAGAGGGCUUCGGAAAUGGAAAUCAUUUGGGUAAUGCGGAUCGGAAUUGGAGUAGUAGGCAUCCUGAGUACUAUUAUGGCUCUGACUAUACCAUCAAUCUACGGACUAUGGUCGAUGUGUUCCGACUUGGUCUAUGUCAUUCUGUUUCCACAACUGCUGAUGGUUGUGCAUUUCAAACAUUACUGCAAUACCUAUGGGAGCCUGACUGCCUACAUCAUAGCUUUUGUGGUUCGCAUUAGUGGUGGCGAACCCAUCAUGGGCCUCCCGGCCCUUAUACACUAUCCAGGUUACGACGAGGUGAACGACGUGCAGAUGUUUCCUUUUCGCACGAUGGCAAUGCUUAUCUCGCUCAUUACACUAGUCGGUGUGUCAUACGCGACGCAACAUCUCUUUAUCAGUGGAAAACUAGCUCCUAGCUAUGACAUUUUCCGCUGCGUCGUGAACAUCCCAGAUGACGUUGAACGCGUCGGCCCAGACCCGGCUGAGGGUGAACAGAUGGCAGUGCUGGCCAGUGGUGUUGGCCGACUUUACGGUAGCAAAGACGAAUCCAACGGACGAGUGAACCCCGCACUCGAGCCGGACUACGACACGGAUUCAGGAUACACGGCGGCGGCCGACCAGUUGCUCUCUAGCGGAACAACCGUUGAUAAUUCCAUUGGCAGAUCUGGUAACGCCGCGGUUGGCCCGAAUGUGGCUCAAACUAAUACCGCCUUUUAAUCGUGGACUCCGUGAUCGGAUGCUGUGACCAACAAUAAGCAAGGCGAUGCGUCAUUAACCCCUCAUCCAGUAUCAGGUUGAAUCCUUUAUAGUUUUUCAUCUGUCGUAAUGACUAAUUUUUUUUAACAUUCACUUUAUAUAUUUUAUCAUGUUUCCUUUCUCUAUUCGCAUGAAAAAAACACCCAAUCGAGAGAAAAUGAACAUGUUCAAAUGAAUUUUCUUCAAUUUUUUUUUAAUAUUUGAUUGAAAAGAUGAUUAUUUUGAUUAUCGGGUUCGAAGAGAAUUUUUUAAUGAAAAUCAUUACACGUUUUCGAGUUUUCUUUGAAACAUUUCCUAAUUUGCAUUGUCUUAUAUAUGUUUAUUAUCUUGAUACGAAUAGUUCAUUAUUUCUUUACAUUAUUUUCCAAUUAUAAUAUUUUUCAAUGAUGCGUCGCCUUUUAGGCCUAGUAAGUUAAUCAAUUUCCUUUGCGACAUGUACCUAUAAAAAAUUGAUAAAUAAAUAAACAGAUAAAUCUAUUUAUUUAUUUAUUUAUUUAUCUUUUUUUGUUCAUGACUAAUGUAGCAAUUCAUAGUUUAUUUGUUGCUUGAAGUUCAGUGUUAAGAUCUACAUGUUCUCCAAUUGGCAGAUCCGCCAAUCACGCUAUUUAAAAUGGUUAUUUUUUACAAAAAUAAUUAAAUUUAUAAAAGACAGAUCUGGAAAAAAUUUAUUAUACAUAAACAAAAAUAUAUAUAUAGAUACACACACAUACACAUAUUAUAUUAUAUGUAUAUAGUAUGUAUACAUAAAUAUCGACUUGGAGAAACGAGUGUGGGAUAUCAAAUAGUUUUUAUGGACAUUAUACAAAUCACAAAAAAUAUAUCUAUAUAUAAAUUUAUGAGAUCUGUUACAGAUCCCUAUAGUGACAAAUAUAUAUAAACAAAGUAUAUCAGUUGAUUUUUUGUGUAACGCUCAAAUGGUAUGAAAUACGCUCAUACUAGCGUACGCUGGUCGUUCCCAAGCUUGAAAGUUCCUUUGAAAAAAAAUAAAAAUAAAAUAAAUAAACAUGAUGAUACAUAUAUAAUAAAAAAUAACAUUAAUUCGAAAAUCUUAUUGUUAUACAUGUUAAAUGCAUAAUUGAUUUUAAUCAUAAUACGUAAAUUUUAAACAAAUUCUUUAAUUUUCCAAUUAGUCUGCAAAUUCCACAUCAAUUUUUUUUUAAAUUUUGUUCAAAUUUUGAUUUACGAUGGGUAGCUUUUAGCAGCAAAUUAUUUCAAAAGUAUUGAAAAGUCAAUUAUUCUAUUACAUAAUGCAUGUUCAUUGAAACAUAUUCGACGCCCCUACGAAAAGUAGGAAGAUUCAAAUGUCUUACGAAAGGUAGGAAGUUUCAAAUUUAUGACGAAAACUAGGACAUUUCACGAGAUGUCUAAAGAAAAGUAGGAAGUUAUAGUUUUUUUUGACGUAAACUAGGAAAUCGUUAGAAUUUUUGACGAAAACUAGGGAAUCUUACUUUUUUAUGACGAAAAGUAGGAAGCUUUACUUUUUAACAAGAUAAGUAAUAUUUAUCACAAAAGUAAUUAGCUCGCUGCUUGUUAUUAAAUUAUCAUUACUCGUUAUUAAUUCAUAUUCAAAUACGUUUAUGUACAAACUAAUGUUUCUUUACUACAAAUACUUUCGAAAAUGAACUUCGAUUAUGGAUGUAUUGAGAUAACUAUAUCGGUUAAAGUCCUUGUGACAUAUUUUACAUUCGAAGAGUUUGCUCUGAUUGUAAUGAUACAGUAUCAUUACUCUGGCAACUCACUGUUUUUUGAUAAAUCUCACAUUUAUUACGUAUUAAAUAAUUUGUUAAUGUAUUAUGAAAUUCGAGGCUAAACUUGUAUACAAAUGACUUGUAUAAAAUGUUAUAUUUAAAGGGUUCGCUAUGAUCGUCUCUAGAAAAAUUAGGAUAGUUCAGGUGUUUAUCGAAUAAACGUAAGAUGAUUUAUGAUAAACAAAUUUUUAUUGAAAUAAAUGUUAUAAAAAAAGUCACAGUGUGCUUGAAGAGCAUAUAGGUUUGCCAAAAAUACCUCUGAAUUCUGUUGUAAGUGUUCGAAAGAAUGUAAGCCACUGAAUAUGGAACCGUUUGAACGAAAAUCCUAGCUGCUACUAUAG